AUGUCGGACUUGUCGUCAGCAGAGCGCAAGCGCAUACGUGACAGACGCUCCCAGAAGAAUCUCCGCGCAAAAAAGGAGAACUACACAGCUCAGUUAGAGGCUCAGGUAGCUCACUGCGAACAACAUCACACCGAUCAAGGCGUCCAACAGCUUCUUGGAAUUAUCAAAUCCCUCCGCAAUCAGAAUGAGAUCCUUGUGGCGCGCCAAAAGACGUUAAAGUCGAUGGUCAACUCAUGGGAUGACAGAAUUGAAGACACGGGAGCAUACAAUGUGUGGAUGACCCAAGGCGUGAAUGAUAAAGCCUUCGAGCCCAGCGUUCCUCCGAAUCAAUACAACCCGUCUGCUUCCACGCCCCAGAGCGUGGAAGAGUAUUCGCCUGAUGUGAAAACAUCGUCAAUACCAAUAAGCUCACCAUCGCUACCAUGUUCGGCCCGUCCGCAAUGGAACCGACUCCCGCUCUACGCUGACGACUUUUCCAAUCUCAAGACCGUCUCUUGUCCGUGGUUCUUCCAUAUGGAACAAAUCAUGGAUUGCCCUGAUACACCUGCCUCACCAUUAGAAAUCCUCUACGGCAGCAAAACCAACCCACUAGCAAACAUGAUCCACAAAGCGCUAGAAAGACGUCCAAUUCGUGAACCAGAGAGGUUAGCCAUGGGCUGGGUAGCGUACCAUUUUUCCAGAUGGAUCCUCGCACCCAGUCCAAAGACCUUCGCAUCCCUUCCUUCUAACCUCAACCCCGUUGAAGAACAGUUCCAGAUCAAGCACCCUCUUGCGUUGAGCUGUAUCCCCUGGCCGAAAGUCAGAUCCAACAUGAUCCGGCAAUGGCUGCUUUAUGACAAUGACCGCGAGGGGUUGUUUGGCAUGCUCGCAUGCUGUAUUAAAAUCCGAUGGCCAUGGGGCGUGAAGAUUCUCGAGCGCGAUGAAAAUGAUGAGCUUUGUAUCAAGCCUGCUUUCUAUGAUAUAUUCAUGAGUGAGGAGGGGUGGGGUAUUACACCGGAAUUUCUGAGCAAGUAUCCGAGUCUGACGGAUGGAGUCGAUCUCAAUUCGCUUGUUUUUAACAUGACUUGA